UCGAAGCGCAUACGAAGUUGGUUAGAAGACGAAGUAACCCCGAACACUGAGACUGGCGAUUUUACGAAGAAUCAUGCCAUUUUAGUGGCACUGGUACGACCAAUAAAGAAGAGGAUUGAUGAAGGAAAAACACUCCCGCCUGCGUUGGCGAACCUGGAGUCGAUGUUGAAUUCGUCGCGUGUCAUGGCCAGCAUGGGCGGUGACGACGAGAAAUCGUUGUUCAACAAGUCCGAUGCUGAUGCGUUCAGCAAGAAGCUGGAUAGACUGACGACUUGGUUGGAAGGAAAGAAGGCAGAACAAGAGAAGAGACAACCCUAUGAAGAUCCAGCAUUGAUGACAAGUGAAGUGUAUGCCAAGGUAGGAUUGAUAUGCGCCCAGAAAUUUUUCUUCAGG